AUGGUCCAGAAACCCAUGAAAAUGGCAGUUACACGUUUGGUGGACUUAGGUGAGAGAGUGGAUCACUACUACUACUACUACUACUACUACUACUACUACUACUACUACUACUACUACUACUACUACUACUACUACUACUACUACUACUACUACUACUACUACUACUACUACUACUACUACUACUACUACUACUACUACUACUACUGCUACUACUACUACCACCACCACCACUACUACUAA